AUGGAUCGAUUUAUCCAGAGGUCCAGACCCAACUCCGCAGCCCAAGCUCAGGCUCAACCAGCGUCGGUCAAACCGAAUUCGCAGCGGAGAUCAAACGAGCCGCCAAGGAAGAGAGCUCGGCUUGAGGAGGUCAAGGACAGCUAUGACGAGGAUGUAAGCUCAGAGCCGGCUUCUGUCAAUGGAGACGAUGAAGACCACGAGGACAUGUGGUAUAUCAAGGAGCGUGCUGCGGACAGCACUCCUGACCCUGACGCCGACGAUGAGCACGCAAGACCAGGGCAUCAAACAGCCUUUGAAAGCUCCCUACCUGCGGUUGCAACUGGCAAGGAGGCCAUUGAGGAGUAUGAGUCCAUGCGGGCAUCUCAACUCUCCCGCGACGAGACAGACACUGCUUCGGUUGGGGCAGACAACCGGCGUUGGGUCCGAGGGAGGAGCUCCAUCUACGUUGAUGCCUUCAAUUUUGCACUAGAUACAGUCAUGGAAGACGAGGCCCAUCUCUUUGAUGCCAAGGAAAAGCGUAUCUUUGAGGAAUGGCGAGGCUUGAGUUAUGAGGCCCAAUACCUCUAUGUUCGGCUGUUCUUACGCAAGACGGCCCUGUGGCAUCGCGUCGAGCAUUUGGGGUACCACAGCGAUAUCUCGGACAUGCCGGCUGCCAUUGCCACCUUGCUCGAGUUUCGGUCCUUGCCCGAUGGCGGCACCUCUCAUUCAGACGAAGAAUCCCCCGAGGACUUGCAGGGCCGUGCGUUCGAUGACACUUUCUGCUUUGCCGACGACUCAGAUUCGUGCAUCAAGACUGUCGAGGAAGCCGCAUCACUGCUGAGUCUGGACGAGCUGCGCGGGCUCGCCAAGGAGGCAAAGGUGCAGGGCAAGAACAAAGCCGAUCUGCUCAAGUCCUUCUGUCGUGCAAGCGCCCAACAAUCUGGCCUCUUAGCAGUUGGCCUCAGACGGUCAAGUACCAACGGGUCGACGGAGUGUGUGGACAGUCACAAAAGUCAGGACGUCAACCGAAAUAACCACUUCCUGAACAAGAUCCUCGCCAUUACGGGACCCUUGAUAAGGCUCUCAGAGCCGGUCUUCAAGCUGUUCGAGCGCGUCCAUCUGGUCUUCUACCGCUCGACCGAGUGGACUGAGAAGUCGCUUACCACCAUCAUUCUAGCGAAAAUGGCCAGGAGAAACUACCCCGAGUACAUUGUGUGUCGCUCGACCAACAUCUUCCCGUCCAGGCGCCACCUUCUCGACUUCGAGCUCUCCAUGAGAAAGGAGUUUGAAGUUGACCGGGUCCUCGAGUUCAACGGACCGCCCGGUGAAGAGGGUUUCCGGAAGAUUCUUGACAUCUUCGACAGCAUAGCGCCGCGCUGGAGAGAAUUGAUCAGGGAGGAGAGGAGCAGAGAAGAUCACGUCUACGAGUUUGGAGAGGGAGGAUACCUCCGCCGAUUCAACGCAGGCCAUGCCUUCACUCGCAUUGCGCACAAGGCUGCCCAUGUCCUUGGCCGUUUACACAUGUACAAAGAAGAGCACAAAUUGCUCACAGAGCUGCUCGAUCAGCGCCUAUUUCACCCAGCACGCCGCGGCUCCUGGUACCAGCGCAAGGCAUUGCUGGAGGAGCGCUAUAUGUGGGAGGCAGACCCUGACCCCAUCUCAAGUGACCCCGAGGUACGGAAGAAACAAUGGCAGCGGAUAGCUCUGGCCACUUGUGAGACCGCCCUGGAAGACAGGGAUUGUCAUCUCAUCUACCACUACGACCUCCAGAAGCGGCUCCUCAAGCUUGAAAAGAGGCUGCGUGUGCCUCGUCGUCUCCAACAUGACUUUGGUCAUGUCAAGCUUCGCGAACCGGAAGAACACACAAUACAAGGUGUCCAGAUGGUACGAAACGACCCAGAGAACGGAAAUACAGGCCGUGCCCUGAGCACCAAGACGGUGUGGCUUGACGAACUUGGCGACCCGGACGAAGACGGCCAGCCUCGUCACGUCAGCGUCGAAGAAAUGUGCCUUUCAUACUACCGCAGCCAGGGCUGGAAGGGGUAUCACAGCGAGGGAGGUAUUAUCCGAACCUUGUUCGCCUAUCUAUUCUUUGACGUGCUCUUCGUCUACAUACCCAACGUCUUUCAGACCCCUUACCAGACCUGUCCGCUCGAUCUACACACCGACGCCUUUUACCCGGCUCGAGCAAGCCAAAUCAACCAUCGGCUCGUGGAGAUAGCCAAUGGUGAAGCGGAGCGGAUACUGCGGGAAGUCCACGAGCGGGAGCACGAGACUCGGACCUGUGUUGUGGGCCUGAACUGGGACUUUGAUGUCGAGGACCUGGCUGAGCUGGUGAGCUGCUUCGAUGGCGGUGCGCUGGCUGCCGUGUGCAAGGUCAUAGCCCAAGAGUACAGGACCCGGGGAGGCGGCGUGCCAGACCUCAUUCUGUGGCGAGCAUGCGGAGACGGGGCCUCAACCAACGGCAGCGGUACAGGCCUCCGAAAAGGAGAAGUCAUGUUUGCCGAAGUCAAGAGCGCCAACGACCGGCUCAGCGACACCCAGCGCCUGUGGAUCAAUGUGCUUACUGGGGCAGGAGUUCGUGUCGCGCUGUGCAAUGCAGUGGCACGAAAAAUGCGGCCAUUGAGUUGA